CCCCCAGCCACUGCUCCGGCCGCCCCGCCGCUUUGGGGGCGGAGGCSGGGGCCGGGACCUGGGGCGGCCCGGCCUGACCUCCACCGCGGCGGAUCGGCCCCACCGGCGAGACCCACCGGCCGGCGCAGGCCCCGGCCGCGAGCCCCUCCCUCCACCUCUCCCCGCCCGGCCCGGCUCGGCAGGCGCUUGGUGGCGGCUGCGGGUCCGCAGGCGGCCAUGGCGGCGGGGGCCGGGGCCAGGCCGGCRCCGCGCUGGCUGAAGGCGCUGGGCGAGCCGCUGAGCGCCGCGCAGCUGCGGCGGCUGGAGGAGCACCGCUACAACGCGGCCGGCGUCUCGGUGCUCGAGCCGCCGCUGCAGCUCUACUGGACCUGGCUGCUCCAGUGGAUCCCGCUCUGGAUGGCACCCAACACCAUCACCCUCAUCGGCCUCGUCAUCAACAUGGUCACCACGCUCGUGCUCAUCUCCUACUGCCCCACGGUCACCGAGGAGGCACCAUACUGGACAUACCUUUCAUGUGCCCUGGGACUCUUUAUCUACCAGUCACUGGAUGCUAUUGAUGGGAAACAAGCCAGAAGAACAAAUUCUUGUUCUCCUUUAGGGGAACUUUUUGACCAUGGGUGUGACUCUCUUUCCACAGUAUUUAUGGCAAUUGGAGCUUCGAUUGCUGCUCGCUUAGGAACUCAUCCUGACUGGUUGUUUUUCUGCUCUUUUAUUGGGAUGUUCAUGUUUUAUUGUGCUCAUUGGCAGACCUACGUUUCSGGCAUAUUGAGAUUUGGAAAAGUGGAUGUAACUGAGGUUCAGGUAGCUUUAGUGAUCGUCUUUUUGUUGACUACAUUUGGAGGAUCAACAAUGUGGGACUACACGAUACCCAUUCUAGAAAUAAAAUUGAAGAUCUUUCCAGUUCUUGGAAUAGUUGGUGGAGCAAUAUUUUCCUGUUCAAAUUAUUUCCAUGUUAUCCUCCAUGGUGGUGUUGGCAAGAAUGGAUCCACUAUAGCAGGCACGAGUGUCUUGUCACCUGGACUCCACAUAGGACUAAUUAUUAUACUGGCAAUAAUGAUCUAUAAAAAGUCAGCAACUAAUGUUUUUGAAAAGCAUCCUUGUCUGUAUACCCUAAUGUUUGGGUGUGUCUUUGCUAAAGUUGCACAAAAAUUAGUGAUAGCUCACAUGACCAAAAGUGAACUGUAUCUUCAAGACACUGUCUUUGUUGGGCCAGGUCUUUUGUUUUUAGACCAGUACUUUAAUAAUUUUGUAGAUGAAUAUGUUGUUCUAUGGAUAGCAAUGGUCAUUUCUUCAUUUGAUAUGAUGAUAUACUUUGGUGCUUUGUGCCUUCAAAUUUCAAGACACCUUCAUCUACAUAUCUUCAAGAUUUCAUAUCAUCAAGCACCUGAACAGGUUCAAGUUCUUUCUUCAAAGAGUCAUCAGAAUAACAUGGACUGAAGAGACUUUCGAACACUUGCCAUCUCUUGCUGCUGCUGUUUCAUGAAAGGAGAUAUUAAACAUUUGUUUAAUUUUUAGUUAAGUGUUAUACAAUUUCAGCAAAUAAAAUAUUUCAGUGCUUACA